GUACUAGUUGCAUGUUAGCUCUGUUUCUAGCAUGUUGGUUUUGCUUCUUGCAUUCAGUAGAAUAUAAGUUGCAUCUGCAAGUCCAUUAAUUGAAAGUGUUUUUUAAAUAAAAAAAUGGUGCAUUUUAUUAAAUGCUACUAGACUGCGAAGUAAUAUAUCAAAUAUUAUAUUAUAUUAUUAUUAUUAUUAAAUAUUUUAUAACUAUUUAAAUGACAUGUAGUAAACGAUAAGGCUUAUCCCUGAGGGAUAAGCCAUUCCCUAAGUAAAAGGGCCAAGAUAUUGAGAUCGUAUAGGUGUAUCGAAGAUAGAGCUGUACAGCUCCAGCAGCCUUCGAAACCUUCGACCUCAGCCUCGCAGCAUCUCUGAUACACCAACCCUGCAUCCUUUUCCAGCCAUUUUUCCAGGAUCUCUGAUUCUCUGAAUUGCUGAAACCAUGGAGGGCGUGGAAUCGAAUGACCGGCACGGCGGCGCCGCCGCCGACCGCCGGAAGUCAAAUCGCCGGAAUCGGUGGGCCUGCACCUUCAUCCUCGCGAACAAUUUCUUCCAAAACAUGGCCUACUUCGGCGUGUCGACGAACCUGGUGAACUACCUCAAGUACAGGCUGCACGAGGGCAGCAAGUCGGCGGCGAACAACGUCACCAACUGGGAGGGCACCGGCUCCAUUGCGCCGCUCGUCGCCGGCUACCUCGCCGACGCCUUCCUCGGCCGAUACUGGACCAUCGUGCUCUCCAUGGUCAUCUCCGCCGUGGGCUAUGGCGUGCUGGCGGCGAGCGCGUCGGUGAUCAGGCUGGAGAGCGCGGCGCUGUACGCCGGGAUGUACCUGGUGGCGCUCGGCGGCGUGCUGGAGCCGAUCAUGGCGCCGUUCGGCGCCGACCAGUUCGACGACGGCGAGGACGAUCAGCGCGGCCGGCGGCAGAGCUCCUUCUUCAACUGGUUCUACCUCUCGCUCAACUGCGGCUCGCUCGUCGGCGGCACCGUGCUGGUGUGGGUGCAGACCAGCGUCGGGUGGGGGGUCGGGUACGGCGUCCCGGCGAUCUUCAGCGCGCUGUCCGUCGCCGUGUUCCUCGCCGGCACCGCCACGUACCGGCGGGACCAGCCGCCGGGGGGCAGCCCGCUGACGAGGAUCGCGCAGGUGGUGGUCGCCGCGGUCAGGAAGUUCGACGUGGAGAUACCGUCGGACUCGUCCAUGCUGUACGAGAGCGACGCCGUCGAUGGCAUGCCGGCGAUACAUGGCCGCCGCCGACUCCUCCACACCGGUCAGUUUAGGUUCUUGGACAGAGCUACGGUGAAGACUGCCGGCGAGAAGGCGGCGCAGAGCCCGUGGCGACUGUGCACGGUGACACAGGUGGAAGAGCUCAAGUGCGUGCUCCGGCUGCUGCCGGUGUGGGCGACCGGCAUCAUCUACGCGGCGGCGUACACCCAGGUGACCACCACCUUCAUCCUCCAGGGCGACACGCUGGACCGCAGCCUCGGCCGCUUCAAGGUACCCGCCGCCGCGCUCUCCAUCUUCCACACCCUCAGCGUCAUUCUCUGGGUGGCGCUCUACGACCGCGCCAUCGUGCCGCUGGCGCGCCGCGUGACGCGCCACGACGGCGGGUUCACGCAGCUGGCGCGGAUGGGCGUCGGCCUCGUCAUCCUCACCGUCGCCAUGGCCGCCGCCGGCGCGCUCGAGGCGGCGCGCCGCCGGCUGAUCGCGCGGCCGUCGGUGUUCUGGCAGGUGCCGCAGUACGCGGUGGUGGGCGCGUCGGAGGUGUUCACGCUGAUCGGGCAGAUGGAGUUCUUCUACGACCAGGCCCCCGACGCCAUGCGCAGCCUCUGCUCGGCGCUCUCCAGCACGUCGUUCGCGCUCGGCGACUACGCCAGCUCGGCGCUCGUCGUCGUGGCGGCGCGCAGGGGCGGCGCGCCCGGGUGGAUCCCCGACGACAUCAACCGCGGCCACCUCGACUACUUCUUCUGGCUGCUCACCGCGCUCUGCGUCGCCAACUUCGCCGCCUACCUCCUCAUCGCACGCUGGUACACGUAUAAGAAGACCGUAGACUAGUGCACAUGGGCCGGGUUGACUUGGCAACUUUUACUCGCUAGCCCAUUUAUGACACAAAUGGGCUUGGCCCAAUAAAAGUUAAGCUUCAUGUCAGCUGUUAGCCCAUGGAGAAUUACCAAAACCCCAGCAGUUCGGCUUUGCAUGUAAGGCGUCGUUUCGAAAAAUUUCAACGGUUUUGCUAUAAAUCUUGCGACAGAUUUUUUGUUACAUAUCAUUCGAUUUUUGGACCGGGUGGGAAAAUAAAAUGUGUGUGUUCACGUGUAA